CAUCUGGUAAGCAAAAUUUAUUUAUUUUUUUAGUUUUCUCAAUUGAAUUAUGAAUUUAAAAGAUGGGUUUUUUCCCUGAUGAAGUUAUUUUACAAAUUCUUGCACGAUUGCCCGUGAAGUCGCUUUUUAAAACAAAAACUGUUUGCAAACUUUGGUAUAGAUUAGCAUCAGACAAGUAUUUUGUAAGACUCUAUAAUGAGUUGUCUGCUAAGAACCCCAUGGUCCUUGUUGAGAUUUAUGAUUCGACAGAAUCGAAAUCAAGCUUAAUUUGUGUUGAUAAUUUGAGGGGUGUCUCUGAAUUUUCAUUGGAUUUCUUGAAAGAUAGAGUGAAGGUUAGAGCUUCAUGUAAUGGCUUGUUGUGUUGCUCUAGCAUUCCUGAUAAGGGUGUUUACUAUGUUUGUAACCCUAUGACUAGAGAGUUUAAAUUGCUUCCUAACAGCAGAGAGAGGCCCGUCACCAGGUUUUAUCCUGACGGUGAAGCCACGCUUGUUGGUUUAGCAUGCGAUUUAUCAAGGAAUAAGUUUAAUGUUGUGUUAGCGGGGUAUCAUCGUACCUUUGGUCAUAGACCUGAUGGGACUUUCAUAUGUUUGAUAUUUGAUUCGGAUUCGAAUAAGUGGAGGAAGUUUGUUUCGUUCCGAGAAGAUCAUUUCACCCACAUGAACAAGAAUCAAGUUGUAUUUGUUAAUGGUGCCCUUCAUUGGUUGACUGGUAGUUGUUCCUAUAUACUUGCUCUUGAUUUGGAUUAUGAGGUUUGGAGGAAGAUUUCAUUGCCUGAUGCAGUGAGUUAUGGUUCUGGGAAUAGAGUUUAUUUAUUGGAGUCCAAUGGGCGUUUAUCUUUGAUUCAGAUUUCAGAUGCAUGGAUGAAGAUUUGGGUGAUGAAAGACUAUGAGAGGGAACUGUGGCAUAUGGUGGAUAGUGUGAGUCUUAGAUGCAUUAGGGGACUAGUGCCUGGCAUCUUCCCCAUCACUCAAACUGGUGAAUAUGUUUUUUUGGCAACCCACAAGCAGGUUUUGGUAUACCAUCAGAGGAGUAGAGUGUGGAAGGAGAUGUACUCUGUGAAGAACAGUGCUACCCUCCCACUGUGGUUCUCAGCACAUGCAUUUUGCAGCACAAUCUUCCCUUGUGAUUAAGUUGUGGUCAACGUGUAGCGAAACUGUAGUACAUAAAUAACUUAUUGCAGUCAUUGUUGUGACUUAUAAAUUUGUGAAUUUCCAAACUCUUUCGUUAUCAUUUAAAA